AUGCCGGCGCGGCCCAUCCUCCAUGCUCACGCCGCCCCUCCUCCACCACCGCCGCCUCAGACUCCUCCUCCGUACCGGCGCCACCUCCACUCCGCCGCCGCUAGCCUCCUGUUCGACACCGGCGCCGCCCCCGACCCAGUUGCCAGCGCCUCCCCCACUCUGCCGCCCCUCCACCACCGCCACCGCCCCUCCUUCACCGUACUAGCACUGCCUCCUCCACUCCACGCUGGCCUCCUACCCAUCAACGCGCCACCGGUUGGCCUCCCUGACACCGGCGUCGCCCCCGACCCAACCCCAUCUGGAUUGAGUAGGCCUAAACGAAAACGAGGCCCAAAUAAGAAGUUAGAGGGCCGUAUCAUCAUCACGGAACUUAAUGAAGAGGGUGAACCAACUACUCCAGACAAUACUAAAACAAAAUUGGUGAAUCAAAUUGGGUUUCUUGUUAGGGAUAACAAUAAGCUUUCAGAACUGAAAAAGCCCUGA